AUGUCGUCUACCGCCACCAAGGACGAUAACCAGCACCCGGCGCUCAAGGGUCCCAGUGCCCUCCGUUCCAUUCUCGCUGGUUCAACCGCUGGCGCCGUCGAGAUUGCCAUCACAUAUCCUGCAGAGUUCGCCAAGACUCGCACCCAGCUCAACCGCAGGUUAGCCGAGGGCCAGAAGCUCCCAUGGCCGCCCUUUGGCAAGCAGUGGUAUGCCGGCUGCACGACUCUGAUUAUCGGCAACUCGGCCAAGGCGGGCAUUCGAUUCGUCGCAUUUGACCAGUACAAGAAGCUCCUCUCCGGUCCCGACGGCAAGAUGUCCGGGCCGAUGACCGUCCUCGCCGGUUUUGGUGCUGGUGUGACUGAGUCACUGCUGGCGGUGACGCCAACCGAGAGCAUCAAGACCACGCUGAUCGACGACCGCAAGUCCGCCAAGCCUCGUCUUCGCGGCUUCCUCCACGCCGUUCCCAUCAUCGCCCGCGAGCGCGGCAUCCGCGGUUUCUUCCAAGGUUUCGUGCCCACCACUGCGCGGCAAGCCGCCAAUAGCGCGACCCGUUUCGGAUCCUACACCGCUCUGAAGCAGCUCGCGGAGAGCUACACUGCGCCCGGGGAGAAGCUCGGUGCUGUCGGAACCUUCGCCAUGGGCGGUAUCGCUGGCCUGAUUACCGUCUACGUCACUCAGCCGUUGGAUACGAUCAAGACGAGAAUGCAGAGUAUUGAGGCCAAGCAGCUUUACGGCAACUCGUUCAGGUGUGCCAGCAUUAUCUUCAAGCAGGAGGGCGUUUUCACUUUCUGGAGCGGUGCGCUACCAAGGUUGGCGAGACUGAUUAUGAGCGGUGGUAUUGUGUUUACGAUGUACGAGAAGAGCAUGGAGCUGUUUGACAGGUUCGACCCCGAGAGGCAGUACAUUUAA